CUUCUGCCAAGAGGACAGACGCACGAGGAAGAAAAAUCCUUUCGUUUCCAUCACCGAGCGAGGAGGAGUCAACCGAGUGAGAUGGUGAUGCUCCCUGCAGGUGCCAACAAGUGAGAGGUAACCGUUGACCGAGGACCAGAGAGAUGGAGAAGAGUCUGUGAGAGCAGAAGAAGACGCCAAGAACUCAAAGAGAAACCAAACAACGGUGUAUUUUCAGUCCUGCUCCAGUUUUUCCUCACCGUCAACUCUGCUGCCAUGCUGUGCCCUGUGCUGCUUUGUGCCACUCUGCUCCUCCUGACACCUGUGGAGAUCACGGAGGCUCGCGCUCUGCACCCUCCUCCUGAUGCUGUGCAGUUUAUGGAGCAGUUUCUGGAACGCUACAAUGAACUUUUGACUCUGGACGACCUGGAGAACCUGUUGAACAGCCCACCAGAGGAGCAGUCCACCUUGUCCUCGGGGGUCAAAGCGGCCGAGUACCCCAAAUGGGCUGAUGCACAAACGCAGGCUGAGACCCCCUGGCUGCGCCUGCUGAAGGGGGCUGUGGCCAAUCAGAAGCGAGCAGAACCGGACCGGUCACGGAGGGGAUGGAACCGAGGAUGCUUUGGGCUGAAACUGGAUCGGAUCGGGUCCAUGAGCGGACUGGGCUGUUAGUGGAGAGAAAAUAAAGACUGAUGAUAUCCUUCUUAGAGUACAAUAAGGAAAAACACACAUGCAAAGAUGUUCACGUGCACUGAAGGAUGUUUACGUGUGUGUAGGCUACAUGUAGUGUGGUGUAAACUUGCAGCUUUGCUAAUGUGGUUUCAUCCAGCGUAGAUCAGAUGCUUCACGCUAUUGUGGCUGUAUUAACAUAGCAGCUGUAGUUUAUUCCAUGUGAAAGUAUUAAACUGACUAUUAGAACAUUGUGUGAGCUGUAUUUACAUCAAAUGAUCAUCUUUGAUUUAUGGGCUUGUUUUUAGGUAAAUUGGCACUUUAUGUAUUUCUAGGACUUGUCUUCGUACAGUAAAUGUGAUUAGACGAUUGUUAAAUCUAUGGAUGGGGAGUGUGUGUGUAAAAUCAGGUGUAAUGGACGUAGAUAUUAAAAUAUGUUUGCACCUGUGA